AUGUUAAACAGUGUCUUGCUAAUACUGAGCGUCUGCAGACACUCCCCAUCGAUUGCAUCCCAAAUCUUGAUUGUACGGUCCUCCGACGCUGAUGCGAGUCAUAUGGACCGGCGUGAGAAGUCAACCGACCGGACCGGUCCGCUUUGGCCUCUGAGCAUACACUUCACCAAUCACGGAAAUGGAAUAUAUGUCAGUCACGGCAUUCCUUCAAUGCUUUGCCCAGAGCGUAGUCACAGAGUACAUUUUGCAGGAACCAUCCUGGAUAGCACUCAACCAAGUAUCAUAGAGUUUUCGGCUGUCCGGCAGACCUCCCCUUUCACUGCCGUUGCGGAGCACAUCUUCUCCAGAUCGAAAAAUUUGGCUGGUGAAGACCACGAAUUCAGAUUUCUUUCUGCAAUUAGAGCGUUAGCCUUCGUCCCUGUCAAGGAGCGGGUGGCCAAAUGCUUGGAUGUGGAUUUUGGCAGAGACUACUCAGAGAGCAAGAUAGUGGCAGAUUCAUUAGAUGUUCCAGAGUCAGCCACGGCCAUGAUGAUCGCUGAAGAGAGACGAACAAUUGGUACCCAUAGUGUGCCAGAAGCGCCUGAGGGACGUGAACAAUCGAUUACCAUUACGGUCUUAAUGGGAGUGGACUCCCCUGAAGCGUGCCCAAUAGGCCGUAUUACUGUACGAUUAGGAGAAUUUGAGGCCCGUUUUGUUCCCUACGAUGAUGUAAUUGACCAGCUCUAUCGGGGCCGCUUUCGUUCCCUGCCAGGAAAUACUAAGGCUCUGGGUCCUGGCAACGCGCUCCCGGCAAGUGGGCGUCUUAGGAAAAUCGUCCCAGGAAAAUUAGCGAUAGAAGCGAGCCACCUCUAUGAUCUAAGUAACAUGACUUUCUUGCUUUUCCCAACUCAACAAGACACUCGCUACUUCCUUGUUUAA